AUGGAGGGUGUCGGAAGCAAGGAGGGCGGCCUGGGACGCGCCGUGUGCGUGGUGACCGGGGCCUCCCGUGGCUUCGGCCGCGCCUUGGCCCCGCUCCUGGCCCGGCUGUUGUCUCCCGGCUCUCUGAUGGUCCUGAGCGCCCGCAACGACGAGGCCCUGCGGCAGCUGGAGGCCGAGCUGGCUGCCGAGCGGCCGGGCCUGCGCGUGGUGCGGGUGUCCGCCGACCUGGGCGUCAAAGACAGUUUGCAGCAGCUGCUAGGCGCCGUGCGCGAGCUUCCCAGGCCCGAGGGGUUGCAACGGGUGCUGCUCAUCAACAAUGCGGCCACUCUCGGGGACGUAUCCAAAGGCCUUGUGGACCUGGCUGACCCAGCUGAAGUGAACAACUACUGGGCUCUGAACUUGACCUCCAUGCUCUGCCUGACUUCCAGCAUCUUGAAGGCCUUUCCAGACAGUCCUGGCCUCAUCAGGACUGUGGUUAACAUCUCGUCCGUCUGUGCUCUGCAGCCCUUCAAGGGCUGGGGACUAUACUGUGCCGGGAAGGCAGCCCGAGACAUGAUGUUCCGGGUCCUAGCCACAGAGGAGCCUAGUGUGAGGGUGCUGAGCUAUGCCCCAGGUCCGCUGGACACAGACAUGCAGCAGUCGGCCCGGGAGACCUCUAUGGACCCAGACUUGCGAAAAAGGCUGCAGGAGCUGAAGACAAAAGGGGAGCUUGUGGAUUGUACGGUGUCAGCCCAGAAACUGCUAAGCUUGCUGCAAAAGGACACAUUCAAGUCUGGAGCCCACGUUGACUUCUACGAUAAAUAAGCCAAUGCCCUUGGCUCCCUGGGGCUUUCUUCCCCCUCUUUCAGGCACACCCAGGAGCCCUAUGCCUCCCCCACAUCCUGCCACAGUGGUACUGCCAAUCCUGCCUUACCCAGAUAAGCACUCAUGUCUACUGUCCUGCCCCCAGAGCCAGCCAGCAUGAGGGCCUUGGGUGGCCAGAGUCCUAGUUCUCAGGAGUGUGUUGACUGCCCUGAGUUAGGGGAAGCUUGGGGGAGAGAAGUUAGGGUUACUGGUGUUCUCUCCCCAGGAAUAGAAUUUUAGGGGUGGGAAAAGCAGCACAAGAAACCGAAGCCUUGAAGAGAAAGAGGGUCUCAUGGCCAGUCCAUGGCUGAGCCAAUGUCAAAUAGGAGGGUCCAUGUUAGAUUCCCAGCCUGCAGGGGAGGGAGGACAGUGCAAGUUUGGCACACAAGGAUGCUCUGUGCUCAUGGUAGCAGGACCUUGUGUUGAACUUCAUGUCUUCAUUCUCAUGCCUCCUCCCUCCAGAACCUGCCAUCUGUCCCCCAGAUGGAGGGAAGAGGCUUCUGAGAGUUUAUGUACGUGUAAGAAGCAGAUACAGAUAAAAUGUGGAUUGUCCUUUA